AUGGUCUUCUCUACCUCUGACAAGCCUGGAGCAGCAAUGCAACGCUCUCUCAACUCAACGCCCCGCCUCAAUGGCUCAGCGCGUGGAACGCCGCUUGGGCCCCGCAAAGCACCUGACAAGCCCACCAGGCACCACACCAUUGACGCAUCAUCACUCAGCACUUCAUCGACAGUCAGAUCGGCGUCGAAUGCGAACAAAUCGCAAACUGAAGGCGCGCGCGACGUACGUGAAUGUCCAUCUCCCGCUGCCGCAGGCCCGUCCACGGUAUACAGCGCCUCUCAGCCAUCGGACUCGCCGCUAUCGACCGUCUCCGAUACGCAUUUCCCCAGCGUCAGCCACAGUGGGAGUUCGGGCUCCAUGUCGCUUCUAUCAAGCAGAUCGCACUCACACGUGCCGGGUAUGACUCUUCCAGCGCGGCUAGGCCCAGGGCGCUCGCCUCACCAGUUUCGUAAGGUGUCUGGCGCAAGCACCGAUGGCAACCUCAGUGAUGCGGGCGCGCACCUUGACUUCAAGCGACUCAUGAGCAAGCCAGCCGUCCACACUACGUCGGGCUCGUCGAUCAUCUCCCUUUUCUCUGACUCCGAGCUGUCCACGUCGUCUCGCCAGUUUGCACAGGCUACAGCGUUAUCGUUUGGCCUACAUCCCGGCCAGCAGGACCGACUAGCCUUCAGGCCACAGUCCCGGAAUUCGGUAUCGCCCAACAAUUCGCCCUCGCGUGAACCACCCCGGUCUAGCUCACGGACCUCACAGGCCAUGUCGCCACCUCAAGUCAAGGAACCCCCGAGGAAGCCCAACGUCCUCAGGCGGCGACCCUCAACUGUGGACACGCUGAAUACCACAUCCCGCACAUUUCACCCCAGACGGAAAAUGCGCUCCAUUGACGGCCUCCGAUCACUAGCUACUGAAACAAGCGCAGUGCAACCUGGCACCUCGCGGAAGAACAUGCCGUCCUCUGCCUCCGCCCUCACCCCAGCCAGUCAGGUCGCCCUUGCGUAUAAACAGCAGGAGCUACGGCGCUCCGCGUUGGAGCAGAUGUCGGGAUACAAUGACGACGUUGGACCAGAACUGGGUGAGGCAUCGUCGAGCGCCAACAUGGAACGACGGGAAGUCCGGCGAGGGGUGUCUCUGGAGGUUGCGGAGGAAGAGGAGACGACCGGACCGUACUAUACGGUUUUCGGCAGUGGUACCGGACAAGUCGUCGCUGCGAGAAGCGCGUUCGUAGGUGACCUCGAUUCCCCGGCGCGUGUCCCAGUGGACAAAGCUGGUGGCGAGCAUGUCAAGAAGUCGAAACGCACGCUGUCGAGGAAAAUGAGCGGGAGUUUCAAGAAGGUUGCCGAUAUCGUAAAAGGUGACCGUGAGCACCUUGGUCAUUCCCGGGAGGAUAGCUGGCGUCCGUAUGGCGCAAAGCCGCCGAGGUCACCGAGGCCACCCUCUAUCUUGGACGGACACGGGUCGUCUCCAAACUCUCCGACACAUCCGUCGAUACGCACCGCACGAAAUAGCCCUCCCAGUUCGCAUAGCCCUCGAAGUCUUCAGGACAAGGAGUGGCCAACAGGGCACGACAAAUCCUUGGAUACGGGUGCGGUGCGGGCCGGACCUAGCAGACUCGGCCAUAACAAGGGCAUGCAGAGUGAGCGGGAAGACGAAGGCGCCGACGAGGGCAAAUGGUGGAAGCUCGUCAAGCGUAUCAGUACUGGCGGGCUGCGGGACAAGUACCGUGAACGUCCGCGAACAUCGACCCCGCCGCCUGUGCCUCCCUUGCCGUUGGACAUGCAGAAGCUCGCGGAGUACCGUUCAACCUUCGAUAUCGGCCCUUCACCUAAGGAAGGCGUGACAGACGAUCUCCCAUUUCCGAAGCCGAUCUCCGUGCAGGCGCGGUCUUCGGGCAGUGGUCGUCCGAGUACUGCGUCAAGCCAGAAGCGGUCGUCCCGGCAUACGAUAGCUUCGAGGCCUUCGUCAGCCAGCAAACAUUCGUCGUCUCCAUCAGUACAGAGGCCGGGCACGGCUACGCGCUCGUCUUCCCCCAUCUCCUCUGAACCCGCCUCUUCAGGCUUCUUCCCGAAGACGCACUCGACACGGUCAUCGACCUCGUCAUAUGGCGAACACGUUCCUCCUUUACCUGUCACUCAGGCGUCGACCGUUGGGCAACAUAUCGUGGCGCCUAGCGAGUUAGGGCGGCUUGACACCAGUCGGGUUGCGUCGAAGGUGUCGUCGAAGCGCAAGCCUGUCCGGUCAGCGUCUGAACCAAAGGUUGAAACCGAGCCGUACGCGAGCUCUGGGGACGAGAAGCCGCAGUCCCUGCGGCCACCACCACGGCGGUCGGGCACACCUCUACGCGACACAUCAUCACAGGAACGCUCCGCUUCGCCCACCCUACCGUCAUUCAGCACAGAAGGCUGUGUAAACAACUUCUCUCCCGCUCCCAUCUCCCCGAGUACUCUCCCGCUGCCCGAGUUUGGGCCGCCACCCCGACCGGCGCGCAGCUCGCGCAGAAAACCGGCGAGCAUCGAAGUGCCGUCCCUUGCUGCUUUCGCAAAUGCGCCGCAAUCUGCACGGUUACCGAGCACCCCGCGGACUCCUAGGCCGCUGGUGAAGACCUCGUUGGGCAGAUUCGCUUCUGGGCGAGAGUCGACGAUUACGGUGAACGCGUCCGACUCCAUCAAGCGGUCGGCGCCGUCUGUUUCCUCGUCCCCUGUGUCGUCGUCGACCUCGCCAUCCUCGAGUUCCUCGCUGCGCUCGCCGCCACUGUUCCGAGAACUCGAGUCGUCACGGCAGGCAUGGACGGAGCAGGAGAAGCAGGACAAGUGGGAGGCGUUACUGGAGCGCAGUGCGCGUGCAGGCGGGACCCUGCACAUUGGUGAGACAGGCUUGCUCUCGGAUAGCAUGCAUAUGUCGAACUUUGGACUCUGA